GCGUAAGUCCACGGUCACACUAGGGCUCACGUUCUCCACUUUGCUUUCAAAAUUAAGGAAAAAUUGGCAAAAUCUCGAGCAACUACCAGGAUGAGCGAGGAAUUCAAACUGCCAAAGCGCUCCCGGAAGCGCACCCGCGACGUUAAGCGCAAGGCCAGGCCAGAGCUGGACGGAGAAAACGCGUGGGUGGCGAUGCGGUACUAUGAGAACUUCGAACCAUUCUGGGACUUUACUGAUAAUCUGGAACGAAUCGACGAUGCGGCGGUGUCGUGUGAGGAAUUCAUAGAACGCUUCGAGCGGCCCUACAAGCCGGUGGUGAUACAGGGAUGCACUGAUGGUUGGAUGGCUCUGGAGAAGUGGAACAUGUCGCGGCUGGCCAAGAAGUACCGGAACCAGAAGUUCAAGUGCGGCGAGGACAACGAAGGAUACAGCGUCAAAAUGAAGAUGAAAUACUACAUCGAGUACAUGCAAGGGACGCGCGACGACAGCCCGCUGUACAUCUUCGACAGCAGUUUUGGGGAGCACCAUCGCAGGAAGAAGCUGCUCGACGACUACGUGGUGCCGAAGUACUUUCGGGACGAUCUUUUCCAGUACUGCGGUGAGAAUCGUAGGCCGCCUUACCGCUGGUUUGUGAUGGGCCCCUCCCGCUCCGGCACUGGCAUCCACAUCGAUCCGCUGGGCACCAGCGCCUGGAACACGCUCAUUCGCGGUCACAAGCGAUGGUGCCUGUUCCCCACGCAAACGCCCAAGGACUUGCUCAAGGUGACCAGCGCCAUGGGCGGGAAGCAGCGUGACGAGGCCAUCACCUGGUUCAGCACCAUCUACCCGCGCACCAAGCUACCCUCCUGGCCGGAGCAAUACAAACCCAUCGAGGUGCUGCAGGGUGAGGGCGACACUGUAUUCGUGCCGGGCGGCUGGUGGCAUGUGGUCCUCAACCUGGACGAUACCAUUGCGGUCACCCAGAACUUCAGCUCGAAGACCAACUUCCCGUGCGUCUGGCACAAGACCGUUCGGGGCCGUCCCAAGCUGUCGCGGAAGUGGUUGCGUGUGCUGCGCGAGCAGCGUCCAGAGCUGGCGCAAAUCGCCGAAAGUAUUAAUAUAAACGAGAGCACCGGCUUUGCCUCGGAUAGUUCUAGCAAUUCAAGCUCCUCCUCGUCAUCGUCAUCCUCAUCGUCGUCGGAGAGCGACGCGGAUGCCGAUUCCAAUACGGACAGCGGGCAGGAGAGUCUCACCGCCAAAAAGAAGAAGAAGCGACGCAUGGGCGGCGGUGGCUCCUCCAUGGGCUCCACGCGCUCCUGAUGCACGGAGCGGGCCAAGCGCAAAGGCUUGCUAAUGCGCCUCUUUCACCGGCAGCUUAUGCUCUGCCGUCGGCGUCCAUGCUGCCGUCGCAGCUAGCACUAGAUGAUCAACUGCCCC